AUGCUUUUGUCUCUUCUCUUCCCGCCUUCUGUCUCGUCAGAGAUGGGAAAUCGUGAGCAAUCAACGCUUAAGAGUGAUUCAGGGUAUGGGGACGAUGCGUCCGAGACGGCGCAUGGCCCUCAUCCCGACGGCCAUCCCCUGAGUAGGUUCUCUCUUUCAUCACCGGUUAUUUUACCUGCAACUGACGAGGAGUGUUCAGCGGCAAAGGGGUAUGACAUCGGGUCGGCGUCGAAGUUGCAAGUGGGCGACGUCUUCGAGUUCCUCUGGGCUGACGCCCCCGAAUUCGAAUGGGAAUGGAAGUGCCUGGGAUACACUCGUUUCAUCGUCCUCCGGCAUAGCGAGACCUUCCCUCAUCACUGCGCUUGCAUCCCAAUCUCCAACGGCGCCAGCACGAAGCACGAGUUCGCCAAACCCGGCAUCGACAGCUUCCAACAGGGCUACGUCUUCGCCAACGGCGACCCGAACCCCGGCCACGAGCAGCCCACGGGCGGACCGCGCCUCCCCUACUCGCCCGUCGGCAUCGAGCUGCGCCCGGGCCGGCUGCGCGUGAAGGAGGACUCGCGCGCCAACUACGCCGACAUCAUCGACAUCGACCACGACGCCCAGGUCAUGGUCGUCGGCGACGUCGUGCGCUACUUCGACCGCGUCCGCCGCAACGUCAACAAGGCCUUCAUGCGGCAGAUCUUGCGGAAGGCGCUUGAGGAGUACCGCGCUGGCAGGGCCGGCGGCGAUGGGACGCAGAGGGAGGGCAGUCUCAGGGCUGCUGAGUCGGUUGAUGGGGAUGCUGGCGGGGCCGAUUGCAAGUCGUCGGAUACGGAGGCGGAUACGCAUGCAGAGGUCGAGCCGGAAGUUGGACCGCCGCCGGAACCUCAGCACGAGCCUCCGGCUAGGCCUCAAUCAAGGCCCAAAGCCGAUUCCGUACCUCCUCAAGCAAGGCCCAAAGCCGAUCCUGUACCUCAACCUGAACCUGCACUUCCUCCUCAGUGGACACCGUCCCGGAGUAGCACCAGCCUGGUCGAGGAGAGAAAGGACGAGAUGCGACCCGCGCAGACGAAACGGGAGGAGAGGAAACAAGAAAGGCGUCCGUCGAAACUGGAGGGAGAAAGACGACCAUCGAGGCUGGAGGAAAGACCUGCGAAGCCCAGCGGUGACGGAAAGCAACCCGAGAAGCGGAGCCGUGCACUGUCUCUCAAGAAGCCGCAGCGAGAUGCCGACUACGACUUGAUGUCGCUGCACAACGUCGCCAUGGCUGGGUUGAAGUAA